UCUCCAUGGCGCCCGGCAAACAUUCCCGGGCGUCCGCCUCGGCCGCUCGCCUCGCCGCCGGCGGGGCUGGGACUCGCGGAACAGCUCGGAAAGGGGGCGUCCGGCCGCCCCCCAGCCCUCGGCCACCAUGCACAGCUCUUCGACCGACAGCCGCAAGCAAGCAAAUCCCACGUCGUAUUUGAUGGGAAUGGAGUUGAUGUUACUCCCCGACCACUUUACCAUCCAGAUCCACAUAGUGUUACCCCAAAGCCAAAUAAACUAUUGGGAUCACAAGAAGGAUCACUUGGAUCAGAAUUUAUUAGUUCCUAUAGUCUUUAUCAGAACACAGUAAAUCCUAGUAUGUUAGGACAGCUUACCAGAUCAGUUUUGGGAAGCAGUACUGUUUCUAAAUCAAGUAUAUCUACAACUGAAUCAAUCACAGAAGACCUGGAAGAACCAUCCUAUAAACGAGAAAGAUUGGCUAGUUUUACAGAAUUACGGGUUGUAAGGGCAGCAGCACAUGAAACAAUUAUAACAAAAGAAGACCUAGAGAAGACAAUAGAGAUAAAACUCACUGAGACAGAGACACUAGAACUGUUUAACCUGCCAACAGUUAUGAUCUCUGUAGAAUCAGAAGAAGCUGAGAAAGUAAUCAAGAGAAAUAAGAAUUAUGAAGACCUUUGCAAGAACAGAGUAGGCAAUGACUUAUAUGUUGAAAGGAUGAUGCAGACAUUUAAUGGAUCACCAAAGAAUAAAGAUGUUCAGUGUGAUAAAAUCAUAAUGGAAGAAAAAGGUGUAAUGGCGACUACCUGGGAUUUAUAUGAUUCUUACAAUGCUCUGGAACUUUCUUUAUCAGUAAAACGGCCUGUAAUGACCACAGCUAGUAAAACAAAUGUACCUCCUAGAGAUAGAGAACAAAGACAACUAGGAAGUGCAACAGACAAAACUAGUGAAGCUAGUUCUCUAAUGGAUAUAGAAAAUGUAAUUCUGACUAAAGUGCAUGAUAAUGAAGAAGACCAGUCAGAGGCAAUAUUAAAAUCUGACAAUUUUCAUCAGGAUUUGUUUUUUAUGGAACGAGUGUUAAUGGAAAAUGUGUUUCAGCCAAAGUUUGCAGCUUAUCGUCAGCUUCCUAUUUUAAAAGAACCUGAGCCUGAAGAGCCUGAAGACUUUUUAGAAGGUGAGACCCUGGAAGAGGCAGAGGAUGAAUAUAAGAAGGAGGAGGAAGAAGAAGGAGAAAUACAUGCAGAAGAAUCGACAAUACCAGCCAAUUUGGAACGACUUUGGUCUUUUUCCUGUGACUUAACCAAAGGCCUUAAUGUGAGCAGCCUUUCCUGGAAUAAAGCAAAUCCAGACCUUUUGGCUGUUGGCUAUGGGCACUUUGGAUUUAAAGAACAAAAACGAGGAUUGGCUUGCUGCUGGUCAAUAAAGAAUCCCAUGUGGCCAGAGCGUAUUUUUCAUAGUACAUAUGGAGUUACUACUGUGGAUUUUUCCAUCGGAACACCUAACUUGUUAGCAGUUGGAUUUCACAAUGGCACAAUUGCAAUUUAUAAUGUACAGAGCAAGAGUAAUGUUCCAGUUCUGGACUGUAGUGAAUCUCCUCUGAAACAUUUGGGACCUAUAUGGCAGUUACAGUGGAUAGAACAAGAUCGGGGAACAACAGGUGAUGACAAAAGGGAGAUCCUCGUUUCUAUCUCAGCGGAUGGAAGAAUAUGCAAGUGGGUCAUACGGAAGGGACUAGACUGUCAUGAUCUGAUGCGAUUAAAGCGAACAACUAUGGGUGGCAACAAAAAAGGAGGGGAAAAGGAGAAGAAAGCUGAAGCUUUGAUAUCUCGACAGGCACCCGGAAUGUGUUUUUCUUUUCAUCCGAAGGACACAAAUAUCUACUUAGCUGGCACUGAAGAAGGUCUUAUUCACAAGUGUUCUUGUUCCUAUAAUGAACAAUACCUAGAUACCUACAGAGGACAUAAGGGCCCAGUAUAUAAAGUAACAUGGAAUCCUUUCUGUCAUGAUGUAUUCUUAAGCUGCUCUGCAGAUUGGGGUAUCAUAAUCUGGCAACAGGAGACUCUUAAGCCAUUUCUGAGUUUUUAUCCAACUACUCAAGUUGUUUACGAUGUUGCCUGGUCUCCGAAAUCACCCUAUAUAUUUGCAGCUGCAAAUGAGAGCAGAGUGGAGAUUUGGGACCUGAGCAUCAGCAUUUUGGACCCUCUGAUUGUGCAUGUUGCUAACCCUGGAAUCAAGUUUACAACGGUUCUCUUCUCCAAACAAACAGAUUGCCUUCUAGUGGGAGAUAGUGAUGGACAUGUUGUUGUAUAUGAACUGAGAAAUAUGCCUACUGCUUCAGAUUCUAGUCGGGUCCUGGAAAAUGCACCUUUUAAAAAAAUUUAG